AUGAUAACUUGUAUUGAACAGUUACCAAUUGAAUUAUGGGUUGAAAUAUUUUCUUAUCUAGAAGCCCAUAUUAUUUUUCAAGGAUUUACGAAUUUAAAUUAUUAUUUUAAUCAAAUAUUAACUUCGAAUUAUAUUUUAUUUCAUGCUCAAUUAGGAGUAGUUGAUUGUAAUCCAUUAGAAUAUUCUAUUAAACCAUAUUGGUCAGAAUCAAUACUUAAUCGUAUAACUAAUCUUCAACCAAAAUUUCAACAUCGGCUAUGUCAUAUACCGGAAUUUCUUUGUUGGCAUUGUACAAAACUUAUUCAAUUAAAAUCUUUAACAAUUAAAAUACGUGGACGAGAAAUACGAUCUAUAUGUUAUGCAUUAGAACAGUUAAACUCACUUGUUUAUCUUUCUAUUGAAUGUGUACCAAAUCAAAUAUUACUUGAUGCUAUUCUUGCUACAUCUACUAUACGUUCUUGUCGAUUAGAAUUUUUACGACCAGUAACACCAAUUAAUACUUAUUCAAAAAAUCUAAGUAAUAUAGAAAUACUUCAUAUUAAAUUACAAGAUGAUUCCUAUGGUUCUAUAAUGAAUUUAUUAUUGAGUCAUAUGCCAAAAUUAAAAAGAUUAGAAAUGAAUAAUAAUGAUAUUUAUGUUAAAAAUCGUGAAUGGAUAUUUUUUCAAUCAUUAUUUAUUCUUCCAAGUCUUCGAAAAUUUAAAGCACAAUGGUCUUCAGAUUAUUCUGUUCCGAUUGUUUUUCAAAAUUUACAUACAAAUCUUACAAACAUUCGAUAUUUCUCACUUCAUAUAAACUUUAAUUUUAUAAACGAAGAAUUUUUCGAUCAUUUAAUCUAUCAUUGGUGGCCAAUUUUUAAAAACAUCGAACAAGUUUAUUUAUUUAUUAAAUGUCAUGGAUUUUCAUCUGAAACUGAUAAUAAUGAUACAAGAAUAUAUUUAAACAGAUUUCAGUCAAUUAUAAAUGCUAUGAAUGAACAAUAUGUUAAAACUAAAUGGAAUGAAACAAUAUUUACAGGGACUAAUAUUGUGGAUAUCUCGAUUUGUAAAUCUUUUAAAAGUAAUAUUCUCUGA